UAUGUUAGGAAUGGAUGGAAUUUACUGGAUUUUGUUAUAGUAAUAGUAGGAUUGUUUAGUGUAAUUUUGGAACAAUUAACCAAAGAAACAGAAGGCGGGAACCACUCUAGCGGCAAAUCAGGAGGCUUUGAUGUCAAAGCCCUCCGUGCCUUUCGAGUGUUACGACCACUUCGACUAGUAUCAGGAGUGCCCAGUUUACAAGUUGUCCUGAACUCCAUUAUAAAAGCCAUGGUUCCCCUCCUGCACAUAGCCCUUUUGGUAUUAUUUGUAAUCAUAAUCUAUGCUAUUAUAGGAUUGGAACUUUUUAUUGGAAAAAUGCACAAAACUUGUUUCUUUGCUGACUCAGAUAUCGUAGCUGAAGAGGACCCAGCUCCGUGUGCGUUCUCAGGGAAUGGACGCCAGUGUACCACCAAUGGCACGGAAUGUAGGAGUGGCUGGGUUGGCCCAAAUGGAGGCAUCACCAACUUUGAUAACUUUGCCUUUGCCAUGCUCACUGUGUUUCAGUGCAUCACCAUGGAGGGCUGGACGGACGUGCUGUACUGGGUAAAUGAUGCGAUAGGAUGGGAAUGGCCAUGGGUGUAUUUUGUUAGUCUCAUCAUCCUUGGCUCAUUUUUCGUCCUUAACCUGGUUCUUGGUGUCCUUAGUGGAGAGUUUUCAAAGGAAAGAGAAAAGGCUAAAGCACGGGGAGACUUCCAGAAGCUCCGGGAGAAGCAGCAGCUUGAAGAGGAUCUAAAGGGCUACUUGGAUUGGAUUACACAAGCAGAAGAUAUCGAUCCUGAGAAUGAGGAAGAAGGAGGAGAGGAAGGCAAACGAAAUACCAGCAUGCCCACCAGCGAGACCGAAUCUGUGAACACAGAGAACGUGAGUGGCGAAGGCGAGACCCGAGGCUGCUGUAGACGUCUCUGUCAAGCCAUCUCAAAAUCCAAACUCAGCCGACGCUGGCGUCGCUGGAACCGAUUCAAUCGCAGAAGAUGUAGGGCUGCCGUGAAGUCUGUCACGUUUUACUGGCUGGUUAUUGUCCUGGUGUUUCUCAACACCUUAACCAUUUCCUCUGAGCAUUAUAAUCAGCCAGACUGGUUGACACAGAUUCAAGAUAUCGCUAACAAAGUCCUCUUGGCUCUGUUCACCUGUGAGAUGCUGGUAAAAAUGUACAGCUUGGGUCUGCAGGCAUAUUUCGUCUCUCUUUUCAACCGGUUUGAUUGCUUCGUGGUGUGUGGUGGAAUUACUGAGACGAUCUUGGUGGAACUGGAAAUCAUGUCUCCACUGGGGAUCUCUGUGUUUCGGUGUGUGCGCCUCUUACGCAUCUUCAAGGUGACCAGGCACUGGACUUCCCUGAGCAACCUCGUGGCGUCCUUGUUGAACUCCAUGAAGUCCAUUGCUUCACUGCUGCUUCUGCUUUUUCUCUUCAUUAUCAUCUUUUCCUUGCUUGGGAUGCAGCUAUUUGGCGGCAAGUUUAAUUUUGAUGAAACGCAAACCAAGAGGAGCACCUUUGACAAUUUCCCUCAAGCACUGCUGACCGUAUUCCAGUUCAAUAUUCUACUGAAUGUCUUCUUGGCCAUCGCUGUAGACAAUUUGGCUGAUGCUGAAAGUUUGAACACUGCUCAGAAAGAGGAAGCCGAAGAAAAGGAAAGGAAAAAGAUUGCCAGAAAAGAGAGCCUAGAAAAUAAAAAGAACCACAAACCAGAAGUCAACCAGAUAGCCAACAGUGACAACAAGGUUAUGAUUGACGACUAUCGGGAAGAGGAUGAAGACAAGGACCCCUACCCACCUUGCGAUGUGCCAGUAGGUGAAGAGGAAGAGGAGGAGGAAGAAGACGAACCUGAGGUUCCUGCUGGUCCCCGUCCUCGCAGAAUCUCGGAGUUGAACAUGAAGGAGAAAAUCGCCCCCAUCCCUGAAGGGAGUGCAUUCUUCAUUCUUAGCAAGACUAACCCGAUCCGCGUGGGCUGCCACAAGCUCAUCAACCAUCAUGUCUUCACCAACCUCAUCCUGGUCUUCAUCAUGCUGAGCAGCGCUGCCCUCGCCGCCGAGGACCCCAUCCGCAGCCACUCCUUCCGGAACACUAUACUGGGUUACUUUGACUAUGCUUUCACAGCCAUCUUUACUGUUGAAAUCCUGUUAAAGAUGACGACUUUUGGAGCUUUCCUCCACAAAGGAGCUUUCUGCAGGAACUACUUCAAUUUGCUGGACAUGCUGGUUGUUGGGGUGUCUCUGGUGUCAUUUGGGAUUCAGUCCAGUGCCAUCUCUGUUGUGAAGAUUCUGAGGGUCUUAAGGGUCCUGAGGCCCCUGAGGGCAAUCAACAGAGCGAAAGGACUUAAGCACGUUGUCCAGUGCGUCUUCGUGGCCAUCCGCACGAUCGGCAACAUCAUGAUCGUCACCACCCUCCUCCAGUUCAUGUUUGCCUGCAUUGGGGUCCAGUUGUUCAAGGGAAAGUUCUAUCGCUGCACUGACGAAGCCAAAAGUAACCCUGAGGAAUGCAGGGGGCUUUUCAUCCUCUACAAGGAUGGGGAUGUUGAUAGCCCCGUGGUCCGUGAGAGGAUCUGGCAGAACAGUGAUUUCAACUUCGACAACGUCCUUUCUGCUAUGAUGGCACUCUUCACAGUCUCCACGUUUGAGGGCUGGCCUGCGUUGCUGUAUAAAGCCAUCGACUCAAAUGCAGAGAACGUCGGCCCAGUCUACAACCACCGCGUGGAGAUCUCCAUCUUCUUCAUCAUCUACAUCAUCAUCGUGGCUUUCUUCAUGAUGAACAUCUUUGUGGGCUUUGUCAUCGUCACAUUUCAGGAGCAGGGAGAAAAAGAGUAUAAGAACUGUGAGCUGGACAAAAAUCAGCGUCAGUGUGUUGAAUACGCCUUGAAAGCACGUCCCUUGCGGAGAUACAUCCCCAAAAACCCCUACCAGUACAAGUUCUGGUACGUGGUGAACUCUUCGCCUUUCGAAUACAUGAUGUUUGUCCUCAUCAUGCUCAACACACUCUGCUUGGCCAUGCAGCACUACGAGCAGUCCAAGAUGUUCAAUGAUGCCAUGGACAUUCUGAACAUGGUCUUCACUGGGGUGUUCACUGUCGAGAUGGUUUUGAAAGUCAUUGCGUUUAAGCCUAAGGGGUAUUUUAGUGACGCCUGGAACACGUUUGACUCCCUCAUCGUAAUCGGCAGCAUUAUAGACGUGGCCCUCAGCGAAGCGGACAACUCUGAAGAGAGCAAUAGAAUCUCCAUCACCUUUUUCCGUCUUUUCCGAGUGAUGCGAUUGGUGAAGCUUCUCAGCAGGGGGGAAGGCAUCCGGACACUGCUGUGGACUUUCAUUAAGUCUUUUCAGGCGCUGCCCUACGUCGCUCUCCUCAUCGCCAUGCUCUUCUUCAUCUAUGCGGUUAUCGGCAUGCAGAUGUUUGGGAAAGUUGCCAUGAGAGAUAACAACCAGAUCAACAGGAACAACAACUUCCAGACAUUUCCCCAGGCGGUGCUGCUGCUCUUCAGGUGUGCGACAGGGGAGGCAUGGCAGGAGAUCAUGCUGGCCUGCCUCCCGGGGAAGCUCUGCGACCCCGAGUCAGAUUACAACCCCGGGGAGGAGUACUCGUGCGGGAGCAACUUUGCCAUUGUCUACUUCAUCAGUUUUUACAUGCUGUGCGCAUUUCUGAUCAUCAAUCUGUUUGUGGCUGUUAUCAUGGACAACUUUGACUAUCUGACCCGGGACUGGUCUAUUCUGGGGCCUCACCAUUUAGAUGAAUUCAAAAGAAUAUGGUCAGAAUAUGACCCUGAGGCAAAGGGAAGGAUAAAACACCUUGACGUGGUCACUCUGCUCCGACGCAUCCAGCCUCCCCUGGGGUUUGGGAAAUUAUGCCCACACAGGGUAGCAUGUAAGAGAUUAGUUGCCAUGAACAUGCCUCUCAACAGUGAUGGGACAGUCAUGUUUAAUGCAACCCUGUUUGCUUUGGUUCGAACAGCUCUUAAGAUCAAGACUGAAGGGAACCUGGAACAAGCUAAUGAAGAACUUCGAGCUGUGAUAAAGAAAAUCUGGAAGAAAACCAGCAUGAAACUACUUGACCAAGUUGUCCCUCCAGCUGGUGAUGAUGAGGUAACCGUGGGGAAGUUCUAUGCCACUUUCCUGAUACAGGACUACUUUAGGAAAUUCAAGAAACGGAAAGAACAAGGACUGGUGGGAAAGUACCCUGCGAAGAACACCACAAUUGCCCUACAGGCAGGAUUAAGGACACUGCACGACAUUGGGCCAGAAAUCCGGCGUGCUAUAUCGUGUGAUUUGCAAGAUGAUGAGCCCGAGGAGACAAAACAAGAAGAAGAAGAAGAUGUAUUCAAAAGAAAUGGUGCCCUGCUUGGAAACCAUGUCAAUCAUGUUAAUAGUGAUAGGAGAGAUUCCCUUCAGCAGACCAAUACCACCCACCGUCCCCUGCAUGUCCAAAGGCCUUCAAUUCCACCUGCAAGUGAUACUGAGAAACCGCUGUUUCCUCCAGCAGGAAAUUCGGUGUGUCAUAACCAUCAUAACCAUAAUUCCAUAGGAAAGCAAAUUCCCACCUCAACAAAUGCCAAUCUCAAUAAUGCCAAUAUGUCCAAAGCUGCCCAUGGAAAAUGGUCCAGCAUUGGGAACCCUGAGCAUGUGUCUGAAAAUGGGCACCGUUCCUCCCACAAGCAUGACCGGGAGCCUCAAAGAAUGUCCAGUAUUAAAAGAACCCGCUAUUAUGAAACUUACAUUAGGUCUGACUCAGGAGAUGAGCAGUACCCAACUAUUUGCCGGGAAGACCCAGAGAUAUAUGGCUACUUCAGGGACCCCUGCUGCUUAGGGGACCAGGAGUAUUUCAGUAGUGAGGAAUGCUACGAGGAGGACAGCUCGCCAACUGGGAGCAGGCAGAACUGUGGCUACUACAGCAGAUACCCCGGCUACAACUUGGACUUCGAGAGGCCCCGAGGCUACCAUCACCCCCAAGGCUUCUUGGAGGACGAUGAGUCACCUGUGUGCUAUGAUUCACGGAGAUCUCCAAGGAGGCGCCUGCUACCUCCCACCCCAACAUCCCACCGGAGAUCCUCCUUCAACUUUGAGUGCCUGCGCCGCCAGAGCAGCCAGGAAGAGGUCCCGCUGUCUCCUGCCUUCCCCCACCGCACAGCCCUGCCUCUGCACCUGAUGCAGCAACAGAUCAUGGCAGUUGCAGGCCUAGAUUCAAGUAAAGCCCAGAAGUACUCACCGAGUCACUCAACCCGGUCAUGGGCCACCCCUCCAGCGACCCCUCCGUACCGGGAGUGGACCCCAUGCUACACCCCGUUGAUCCAGAUAGAGCGGUCGGAGUCCCCGGACCAGGUCAACAGCAGCCUGCCAUCUCUGCACCGCAGCUCCUGGUACACGGAUGAGCCUGACAUCUCCUAUCGGACUUUCACACCAGCCAGCCUGACUGUCCCCAGCAGCUUCCGGAACAAAAACAGCGACAAGCAGAGGAGUGCAGAUAGCUUGGUGGAAGCAGUCCUGAUAUCCGAAGGCUUAGGACGCUAUGCAAGGGACCCAAAGUUUGUGUCGGCAACAAAACACGAAAUCGCUGAUGCCUGUGACCUAACCAUCGACGAGAUGGAGAGUGCAGCCAGCACUCUGCUUAAUGGGAACGUGUGUUCCCGUGCCAACGGGGACGUGGGCCCUGUCCCACACCGGCAGGACUAUGAACUACAGGACUUCGGUCCUGGCUACAGUGACGAAGAGCCAGACCCUGGGAGGGAUGAGGAGGACCUGGCGGAUGAGAUGAUCUGCAUCACCACCUUGUAGCCCUCAGCGAGGGGCAGACUGGCUCUGGCCUCGGGUGGGGCACAAGGGGGCCAGGGAAAAAGUGCCUCGUAGUUAGGAAAGUUUAGGCACUAGUUGGAAGUAAAUAUUCUAUUAGACUUUUGUACAAGUGAUGUCACGCCUCAAGAAAGCCAUAAACCUGGUAGGAGCAGGUGCUGGGUGGCCGAGCAGGGCCGUGUGCCACGCACUCAGCCCCAGCGCUAGAAAGCAGCAGGUCCAGCCCUCAGAGAGGGCGGGCAGAGGGCAGAGCAGCCUACCGUUCAGGCACGAGCUGCUGCAGAGUCUGCAUCUCAUGGGUGCUGGGGCCCACGCCCGCCCACCAAAGGCACGGCAGGGGAAGGUUAAAGAUGACGACGAUGAUACCUGUGUCAUUACCUCAGCCAUCGGUCUAGCAUAUCAGACACUCACUGGGCCCAGCAUAUCCAUUUGUAAACCCUUUACCCCAAAAUACACUGCUUCCUGGUUCCUGUCUAGCUGUUCUGAAAUACAGUGUGUAGGUCAGAACCCCACCUACCAGUGGUCAUCCUGAGAGAGGAGUGGGACCUUAUAAACAAGGUUUUCUGUUAUGUGACGCCAGUUUACAUAAGCGAGUAGUAUCACUCAGAUGGUCGGUUUCUGACUGUCACUAAGGGCAACUGUAAACUGGAAUAAUAAUGUACUCGCAACCAGGUAAACUUAGAUAUGCUAGUUUGUUUUAAAAUUUAGAUUUACUGUACAUGACUUGUAAUAUACUAUAAUUUGUAUUUGUAAAGAGAUGGUCUAUAUUUUGUAAUUAUUGUACCGUAUUUGAACUGCAGCAAUAUCCAUGGGUCCUAAUAAUUAUAGUUUCCCCACUGAAAUCUAGAAACUAUUAGUAUUUUUACUCGGGCUAUACAGAAGUAGAAGAAAUAGAGCCAAUUCUCAUUUAUUUAGUGAAAAUCUUUUGGGGGUAAAAUUUUGAGUUCAAAAGAACUUGACACUACAGAAAUUUUUCUAAAAUAUUUUGUCACUAUAAACCUGUCUUUACAUAAGAUAUACCAGAUGACUAUUUGCAAUCUUUUCUUUAGGCAAGAGUUCUAUGAUUUUGAUAUUGUACCUUUUGAUCCACCAUGGGUCACGACUGUCAUUUGUUUUGUUUUACUUCAAUAACCCUCUGGGAAGUGAAUUACAAAGCAGCUCAUGCUGGCUCCUCUGCCCCCGUGGCAUCUGUACUUUUGGUUUCCUCAGCUGCCCAUGCAGGAGGUUUUUGCAUCUCUGGUGCAGGAAUAAUCGCACAGGUGAAUGAAGUACGUCUGCCCUUGUCCCAUGGGGACUGGUGGUGCUGCUUAAGAAAUAAGGGGAUUGGGGGUAGGAGGGACAGAGACAGUGUCAUGGUGAUCUAUAGGAUUAGAAUGUCGGGGUCUGUACAAAUUGUAUCGUUGCCUUUUACAAAACGUUGCUGUACUGUGUGUUCUCUUUGAGGGCUUUUAUGUGCAACUGAAUGAGGGCUGAAGUUUUCAUUAGAAUGCAUUCACACUCCGAUUGUAUAUCCUGAUGAAAACCCACUUCUGGAUUAGUAGAGCUGUCAAGGCUUCCUUUUCUGUUAACAGAAUUGUGCCGACUUUGUCAAGUUACCUUGGCUAUCAAAAAGACAGGUAGCAAUUUUGGUUCAAAAUUUUUAAAUCGUAGAUAACCUGUUAAUGGUUUUUUUUUUUUUUGUAAAUAACAACACUUUGUUAUGAAGACCUUACAAACCUCUUCUUAAGACAUUCUUAUUCCAGAUCUAGGCAAAAACACUUCAAGGUUUGUAAAUUUCCUGACGUAAAUCCUUUUUUAUUAAAAUGCAAGAUGUUCUUCAGACUAAAACUGUGUAAUAAUUUUAUUGUAUUUGGGAGCUCUCCUUGCAAAGAGCUGGUGUUGGCCAGUGAGAGCUUAAAAAGGGGCAGGUACCGUGUGAGGGCAGUUCUGUAAUUAUGUAGGCUUUUUCUUAUCCUCCUGGCUCCUCCAAUGCCAAUGGUAACUUAAUACCAGCUGCAGAGAGCACCAUUUCUCUUCAAGGGCUAAACCACUGUCAACAUUAUCUUAGAGUCUGUGUCUCUCUGUUGGGUGUUGGUCUGUGUGGCUUAACAUCAUCAGGCCAAAAGUGCCGGACCAGGACUCGGGUGUUCUGGUACAGGCAAUGAUCUUUUCCAAAGUCAGUACUUAAAAACUGGCAUUUUUACAGGCUGCAACCACUUCCUAAUAUCUGUCUGCCUGGUUCAACCUCUCAUCUAAUAUUAAAUUUUUCUUUGUAAGAAAAA